UACACAGCGGGUCUGGGUCGAGGUGGGAUUCGAACCUGCGUUUCAGGGUUUGUAGCCCAGCCCCGCCAGGCCAGGCCCGCCCCCGCGGCUCCAGGCCCCGCCCCAUCUGACAGGUCCCGCCCACGUCCUGCCCGAGAGACCCCGCCAGUAGGGGCCAACCCGCAGUUAGUCCACAACCCCGACGCAAGUGCCUUUCCGGAAGCGUACAGAGCUUCAGAUCUCCGGACGCUGGGACAGGCCGCCCGCAGACCAAGCCCGCCACGCGCGGGCCACGCCGCCCCCCGCAGGACCCGCCCCCCAGCUCGGGGACCUGGGAGCUGCGCCUCCCCGAGGCAGAUGCCCACCCGGGAGCAUUCCCGGGCCCGCGGCCCCCGGAGGAACCCGCAGACCCGCCCUCCUGGCCCUGGGCCCCCGGGCGACCACAAGACCUGCGCCCGCCGCCCUCUGCGCCAGCCCCAGCCCGGGUUCCACAAGGCCAGGCCCAAGAAGAUUGUAUUCGAGGAUGAACUAAAUUCCCAGGCCCUUCUGGCCCCCAGGAAGUCUACUGGAGCCAUCCCUGGGGGGCCUAUGCAGCGACCCGAUCCCUUCCCCGACUAUGAGCUCAAGUACCCACCAGUGAGCAGCCAGAGGGAGCGCAGCCGCUAUGUCGCAGUGUUCCAGGACCAGUACGGAGAGUUCCUGGAGCUGCGGCAAGAGCUGGGGUCCACACAGGCAAAGCUCCAGCAUCUGGAGGCCCUGCUGAGCUCGCUGCCCCCGCCCCAAAGCCAGAAGGAGGCCCAGGUUGCAGCCCGGGUCUGGAGGGAGUUCGAGAAAAAGUGGAUGGACCCUGGCUUCCUGGACAAGCAGUUGCGCUGUCGCUAUCUGAAGGGCAAACUGAGGCACCUCAAGACCCAGAUCCAGAAAUUCGAUGACCAAGAGGAGAGUGAAGGCUCUGUGUACUUCUGAGUGUCCUGGAGACUGGCAGCAAGACCCACGGGGUAGGGAUCCCUUGCUUCUCUUCCUGCCUGCCGGCCUCUGGACUUGCUGUCCUCGCCAUGCCUGGGGGAGCCUUUGCUGAUUGCCAGUGCCAUGCUUUGUCCGUCAGCUUUAACGGCCCCUCUUCCAGGACCUGCCGGGAAUGCCACCCCGGCCCCUAUGGGGACUCCAGACCUCAGUGCCUCCGGUGGCAGCACCCUGCUCUCCAGCCCGCCCAUCCCGACCCAGGGAGUGAACACAUAUUAAAUACUUCCUUUCUCCA